ACGGAGCUUGCACGCUACGCAGGACAGACCGUCAGAGCCUCAGCACCGCUACGCUCACUACAGGCACGGGCUGCGAGAACGAACUACCGGCCGGCUGCAGCGCUCCACGUUUAAAAAGACCUCACGAUGAGAAUGAUUGAGAGCGUUGACUCCGUGGUCACCAGGUCCAGCGAAGACCUCUGGGCUGAAAUCUGUUCCUGCCUGCCCCAUCCCGACCAGAAGGACGCUAGCGAUGCCUUUACAGACUCCUUCAUGGAUUCCUACGCCGAGGGAGGAGGCCAGAGCAGUGGAUCAGACGGCUCUUCCCAAACCCAUCUGAAGCCCUGGGCGCCCUUGAAUGAUUCAGAGGUGUAUUUAGCAUCCCUAGAGAGAAGACUGAUGAGAAUUAAAGGCUUGUCUCAAGAGGUGACCUCCAAGGAUAUGCUGCGCACUCUGUCCCAGGCCAAGAAGGAAUGCUGGGACAGGUUCCUGCAGGAGAAGUUUGAGUCUGAAUUUUACAUCGAGGGGCAUGACUCUGAUGAGAGCACGCUAGAGCAUCUGAAGCGAUGGCUGCAACCUGAUAAAGUAGCAAUCAACACCGAGGAGGUUCAGUACCUCAUCCCUCCGGAAUCUCAGCCAGAGAAGCAGGAGACCGAGGAAGAACCUCCAGCUGCAGAGCAGUGAGAUACACGCCGGCCGUGCCGCAGAGCCGCCGCUUGUCCGAGCCCUCGCAAAGUUGUAUCCAGCGACAGUAAUAACGGGGAGGGGGGAGAGGGAGCAAAAAGUGCCAAUUAUCGGUCAUUUAAAAACCAAAAAACCCCACACAAGAACCCCAGCUCUGGACCUCCAGAGACAGUGACUGGCAUUAUGGAUGAGAGCGGAGCGCCUGUGACACAGCAAAUGCCGAACUGAAAUCUUUCUUUGAUCUUCUCCCAGCCUGUAGCAACCUAAUCAUUCCAGUCUGAAUGUGAAUGGUUUGUAAUUCAUCAGGAGACAUAUUAAACAAAACAAGCAGUUGUUCAGAAGCAUCAGAAAACAUAACGGUCUAGAAUAGAACAGAUAAAGCCAUUCAAUUGGUUUUUCUUCCUGUCUUGUACCUUUUUUAUCACUCAAUUGGGCAUUUUUUUUUUCUUUCCUGCCAAGUCCACUGUGGUGUUUUCUGUAGAUCUUCGCUAUUUAAGUCUGAGUUGGCCCUGAGCUGUGCCUGGAGGAAGACAGAUACUUUUUACCUACGUGGAUUUGGAACCCUGAAGGAAGCUACCAUCAGUUUAACGAUUGCAGCGGUAUCAUUGACAUGUAACUAUUUAACACUCCUCUCUAUGUAAUGUACCCUUCUACAACAUCCCACUUUAUUGGCCAAACUAUUACAGAAUAGACUGGAGGGGGGUAUUUUUUUUCUUGUUGGUCACUUUGUAUCCGUUCUUUAUCUCCUUCAGGGUCUCCAAAAGGAGGGUCAGGUGAGAUCCUGUAUCAGGAAACCAAGAGUGAUAACCAGGGAGGCUACAAAUAACUUGUUUUCAUCGCAGACUUGCAUAGAAUUAUCUGACUUUAAAUGUGUUCUAGUAUUUAAUUGUUUUGCAUCCUGUUUAACUCUGCAGAGGAUUGUUUCCCAGGACUAAUCGAUGAAUCUCUAAUCAUGUACUUGUAGAAGACUGAUGUUUCUUUAACCUGUGCUUUCUGUCUUGGCAUUGACGCUAAAGGUCGAUAGAGGGAAGCAGCGUACGUUUUCUGUCAGAUAAAGCUCGUUCAGACAGAAAUUGUAGGGUUAGUUCUAGUUGUUUAUGCACACUGGAGUCAUACCAUGUUCAUUAUGUAUCUGUAUGAAAAUACAUUUUUAAAAGUAGCUUCUUGAUCCACC